AACCUUCCGCGACCACCAACACCACCACGUCCUCGACAUACCUUGGCUCUGACCCCCCCCUCUCCGGCGCGCCCGCUUCCUAUUCUCUCGAUGGGACAUCUGCAAAGGACAUACGCCCCGCGCCGUUGAAGACUCGACCUCGCCGCCCGGCCGUUUGCCCACGGGCCGUUGCUGCUGCAGUGACGCCACUGCAAGAGCCGGGAGCCCCCCCCCCCCAGAAAUAGCCGAGGCACGCACUCACACGCAGCGCUCAUACACACACACUACACACACAGCAUGGCGUCGUCGCUCGACGUCCUCAAGGCCGCGCUGGAACGCAUCGCCGUCGACCCGCGCUACCACGAUGUCCUCUCGCUCGUCAAGACGGCGCGCAACGGCGCCGUCUACGGGACCAAGGUCCGCUUUCCGCACGCGCUGGUCAUGAUCUUUUUGUUUCGGUCGGGAACCUUCCGACAAAAAGUCUCGCUGGUACUGCGGGCGACAAGAAAGCAUGCGAGUAACCUGGCGCGCUUCGCGACGAUAUACAAGCUGGUGAUGCUGGGACUGAAGCACUACGGGCCCACGCCGGGCAAGGAGGGCCCUUACGACUCCUUCUUCGCCGGCCUCCUCGGCGGCUACGUCGUCUUCGGGCGGCGGUCCCCGCGGACGGGCCGGCCGUCGAGCGUCAACCAGCAGAUCGUCAUCUACAUCUUCGCGCGCGUGUGCCUGGCGCUGGCCCGGCUGGCCGUCAAGCCGGGCCACGGCCUGCCCGUCGUGUCGGGCGAGCCGCUGCGCUCCCAGCUCUCGCACUACGCCUGGCCCGCCUUCGCCUCGCUGUCGUGGGCGAGCGUCAUGCUGCUCUUCCGCUACCACCCGGAGGAGCUGCAGUCGAGCCUGCGGAGCAGCAUGACGUACAUUUACAAGGAUUGCAACGAGUGGGACUCGCUGCGGACGCUGCUGUGGCACAACAAAUAGACUCUGUUUAUCCUUCCUUUCUUUCUUUCUUUCUUUCUUUUUUUUUUUUUUUGGAUUCCAUCUCUGUUCCCAUUCUCGCUGCCGUCAUGUAUGUGUCUUGUGUCUGCGUCUGCAGAGCGGGAGAUACGGCGAUCAAAGGUGCAUAUUGGGACGACGGGGCAGGCCGAUGGGAACUGGGUGCAUCAUACAGACCUCGGAAGGGAAGCAUGGACUCGGGACUAUACAUGUACAUUUGUUUUGGGUUUAUUUGCUCGAGGUCGCAUUAGAAUCCCGGCCUGCAAUGUAACCUUGGCCCUUGCUGGUCUUGAAUUAAACGAGAGCUUGUG